CCGCUAGGGCGUGUUUGGUUAGAGGUCAAAGCUCGAUAAUCUUCGCCCACCAGCACCACCACCAAACACCCGGCUUUGCUUGUCGCGCCAUCCGUUAUCCCAGCUUCUCCCCUCCAGACGAGAGACGACUAGUCAUCCCACGGGCCACGGCCAUUUUCUAUCCCGUCAACGUCAACCACAUCGGGGCAAGGCAAUAGGCAACCUACCAAAGACCACCGUCCACCGCAAUGGCGUAAUCCAUCCAAACCCCCGCAAUUCCCUAAUUCCCUCUCACGGAGUCAUCAAGAUGCUCUCUUCCUCCAUUAGUUCAGCUCCCGCCGCGCUGUCACGCGGGUUGCCGCUCCAAGAACCAUGCCCUGCCUAUUGCUUCUAGCUCCACCUCCACCGCCACCGCCUCGCCCCUGUCUAAUCGACUCGGUAAGUCGGCCACCACUCCCCAAAUAUCGGUUCUUCCUGCCCCGGACCCGGAGGCGGCCAAGUCCGUGGCUUGGCGUGCGAAUGGCGGAGAUGACCAGGGUUGGGAGCGGCGGGGAACCGCCCGAGGUUGGGGUUUCCAUGGAGAGUGACCCGCUUGUGGGAGGGGACGCGCCGUCCCGCCCGAGGUGGGAAGCGAGCCGGUGGGCGUCCGUGGAGGCUGCGCUGAAUCGGAUGAGUAAAUGGCUGGUGUCUGGUUCUUUUGCUUUUGCAGCUAUAUGGAAGCAUGAUGCUGAAAUUAUGUGGGUUUUGCUGGGUGCGGUUGGCAACUCUCUGCUUUCAUUGGUUCUUAAAAAGAUGCUAAACCAUGAAAGACCUGCACCAGCUUUGCGGUCUGAUCCUGGGAUGCCAUCGUCCCAUGCACAAUCCAUAUUCUAUGCUACGACCAUCCUAGCUCUUUCAUUGUACUACUGGCUUGGGACAAAUUAUCUGACCAUGAUUCUUGGGCCUGCAACUCUGUUAGUGGCCGCCUAUCUGUCUUGGCUACGAGUGUCUCAGCGCCUUCAUACACUAAACCAGGUCACUGUGGGAGCUGUUGUAGGAUCUGCCUUCGGUGCUCUAUGGUUUGUGCUCUGGCAUUGGCUUGUUCAGGAGGCUUUUGCUUCUUCUCUGCUGGUCAGGAUUGCAGUCAUCCUUGGAUCAACAACAUUUUGUGUUAGCUUUGUCAUCUACAUUAUUCAUCACUGGCUCAAGGAUGAGUAAUGCAUUUCGUAGCUGCAAUGGGAGAUCGACUGAUAGGCACGGUGCGUUUGGAUGAUUGAAUCUGUUCUGAUUCUUAUCAGAAUUGAUUGAAAUGGUGCCAAACGGGUUUUGAGCCGAGUGAUUCAGGAGUGAAACGAUUCUCCUUUCCUUCAGAAAUUCUAGGAACGGAUCAUACCGAUUUGUGAUAGUAACAUGUCUCCUGUCUCACUAGCAAUUGUAUGUUUUCCAAUUAAUCAUUUUAAGUAAAAUAAAUUUAAAAUGGGUUGUAUUUAAGUUGUUCUAAGCCCCCAAAAGUUCAGAUUUUUUAAGAA